CGUAGUGAGGAAAACUUGACUCUUGAAAACGUGUUUGGCCUUUGACCGCUCCAUCAUUUAGUUUCGAGAUUCAAGCCAAGCUGGAAGUGUGCCGUGUAUUGGUUCAAGUUCAAAGUGCAAAAUUAUGCCAAUUACAACACCUAAAGUCCCGGACGGUCUGCCGGAACUGAUGCGGGGUUUGGCAAAAAGUGUCAUCAAAGAAAACCCGGAUAAUAUCUACGUCCACGCGGCGGAGUAUUUCGAGAGUUUGAUACGCCAACGCGAUGGCGAUCUGGACCGGGGUUACAAGAACUUUAGUGCGUAUAAGGUGUAUGCAGACUAUAAGCAAAAGUGUCGUGGCAAAGGUAGAGGUAAUGGAAGUUUCAGUGCGGGAAGUGGAGGUGAUAUUCCAAGUUCUCCCGGGGGCACAGCCGUUCGGAGUAAAACCGCGAGUGAUGGGGAUGACGAGAAUGGUGGGAGUGCUGCGGCAAUCCGCGGACGUCGGAAGAAACGCGUUAGAAAACAGGGAUCGAAAGAUUCCAACAAGUCCAUGGAUAAGCAAGAGUCGAUUGGAUCAUCAACUGAUGCAUCGAACGGUGCUGAGGAAGAGAAGAAGCCGAAUAGUGCGGAGGUAUCUCGACAAGAUAGUUUGGGGGCAAUAAAAGAGGAUGCCCCGGAUGUCGACAAGAUAAUCAAAGUAGAGGCACGUCUAGAUACUCAAUUACCAAGAGUGAAAUCAGUCAACAAAUCUGUGAGCGUAGAUUCCGUAGCCGCAGCAAACGCGGUAAGCACUGUGCUACAGGAUGCUGCCGCAGAAGCGGAUGAAGCUGAUAGGGAAACUGGUGAGGCUAUUGAAACACAAGUGGAAGCCGAUUUGGCAGAAGAAUCGACUCAUCCUAUCAACUGUGAAGAUAUUGAAUCGUAUCCGCCUGAUGACGAGGAGGAUAGUCCCGUGGUUUGUAAUGGAGAAUACUAUGGAAGUGCGCCAAGUACUGCCGAAGUUGUUGGUGAAGUUGUGGGCGAUGCAGAUAUUCCGGUGAAUGAUUCCCCUCUAAACGGAAAUGGAAAUGCGGAUGAAGUUGACCUUUGCAUUGACAAUUUAGAAGUUAAGGUUGAAGAAUCUGCAACAAACGGACCAGAGCAUCCAGAAUCGGAGAGUCCGGUUAACAUUUCAAUCCAGAAACAAGAUUCUGAGGAAGGUGAAGUACAGGGCAAUGGAAUUGAUACAGUAGAUGCAGAAAUAGUUACAUCUGAUGGAACUGUCAACACCGUGGAAGAAAAUGGAGAAGCAGUUCCAGAUUUGCCAGAUGUCCCUACAGAUGAACCUGGCAUCGAAGCAGUAGAAACUGGUCAUACUGAAGAGAUGCAACCAGAAUCGAAUGCUCUGGAUGGAAAUUCUCUUGAGACAAAUGAUCCAAAAGUAGAAGAUACAGUGGCGGAUGCCUCUAUAAAAGAAUCAUCCGUCGAUAAGGUGGACGAAGGUCCUUCCGAAUCAGUUGCAACAGAUGACAACAAGAAAGAAAGCGGAGCAAGCGAGGAGGACGAGCAAGUGCAGGAAUCCAACAAAGUAAAUUCGGUUGAUGAAGUCAAAGAAGCAAACGAGGAUGAUUCGGCUCAGAUUGUAGAACAAGAUUCCAAUAAUGAAGAAAAUGAAGUAACAUCGCCUAAACAACUUGAAGCAGACGAUAUCAGCGCUCCAUUGAAAACUGAGUCGGACUCCUUGCAGGAAAAUGGUGAUGCCUCAGCUGCGAAUGAAGAUUCAGUUGAAAAAUCCGUAGAACGAGAUGAACCAUUACCGGUAUCUGUUGAAGAUUCCGUUGUUCAGGAAUCUUCCGAGCAAGAUCCACAAGACCAACAAGAUGAGAAUAACUCAGCAGAUAAUGGAAAACCGUCAUUGGAAAAUGAGUUAAAUGAAGAACCGGAUAAUGAAAACGGAAGUGAAGAUGUAGAAAAAAAAGCAGCAUCAGAUGAAAACCUAGAAACUGUUGCUGUUGAGUCUGAUGAAAAAUCCGGUGGAGAUCCGCUUACGAAAUCAGAAUCCGUUGAACAGCAUGAACCACAGCCUGCUGGAGAAGAAAUUCCGAAAGAGUCUCCAGAAGCACAAGAAGUGGAGCCAACACUAAAUGGUUCAGCGAAGGCUUCCAGUGAGCCGUCUGUAGAAAAUUUAGAAUCCAAAGAGAACGAAGACAGUGAUCAACCACAAUCAAACGGUUCAGCAAAAGCUUCCAAAGAGCCUUCGUUAGAGAAUUCAGAGUCCGAGCAGAACGCCGAUUUGGAUCAACCAAAAUCAAGUGGUUCAGGAGAAGCGCCCAUAGAGCCUUCGCUAGAGAAUCCAGAGUCCGAGCAGAACGAAGAUGUGGAUCAACCAAAAUCGAGUGGUUCAGCAAAAGCAUCCAAAGAGCCUUCGGUAGAGAAACCAGAGUCCGAGCAGAACGCAGAUAUGGAUCAACCGAAAUCAAAUAGUUCACCAGAACCAUCCGAAGAGCCUCCGGUAGAGAAUCCAGAGUCCGAGCAAAACGAAGAUUUGGAUCAAACAAAAUCAAGUGGUUCAGCAAAAGCGUCCAAAGAGCCGUCAUUAGAAAAUCUAGAAUCCGAAGGUAGCGCAGGCGUGAAUAAACCAAAAUCAAGUGAUGCGGCCAAGGCUUCUAAAGAGCCAUCAAUGGACAAUCCAGAACCUGAGGAAACCGCAGAUUUGGAUCAACCAAAAUCUAAUGGAUCGGCAAAGGCAUCCAAAGAGCCGUCAAUAGAGCUUGCCUUGCCCGAGCCAGAUGCCAUAGUUGAUGCCUCUGAAGAACCGUCACUAGGGGAUAAAUCGGAAUCUGAAUUGAACCAAAGUUUGGAUCAGUCAAAUGGCGAUCAAUCAAAAGACUCAUCGGCUAAAGAGUCGGCAGGGGAGUCUGCUUCGGGGGAAGUGUCAAACGGUUCGGAAAAAGCAGAACCCGCGAAUGCUGAUGAGCAGGAAGUGCCGUCGGAGCAAGCUGUAUCCGAUGAUAAGAACGAUGAAGUCGCAGAAGAGACAACGGGAGACGGAGCGGAAGUAGAACCUUCAGCUCCUGUGAUGGAAGAACCAACCGAAAACGAUACGGACGAGAAACCGAAGUCAGAUGAGUCUAAAGUUGAGGAUGAUGCUUCUAAAGAGGGUGGCAAUUCAGAUGGUGAGACGAAACAAGCUUCGGAGGAAUCCGACGAACUGAAGGAAGAGGUAGUCGAAGAACCAUGCAUUCAACGCCAAGUAUCUCCAUCAGCAUCGAAAAUUCCGAGUAAACAACCCAGUGUCGAACUGGAUGAGAUCAGCAAAGUAGAUCUGGCAUCCUUCAGUAAAGAUUCGGCGGAAGCUUUGUUCUACACUUUGAAAAAAUCAGAACUGGAAAAUUUAAAGGCACAUUCCGGAGACGAGAACGCUGCAGCAAAAGUUGAAAGUCAAGAAGAUAAUGAUGACGAUGCAGAUGUUGUGGUGACAGAAGAGCCGCCAUCUCCAGUAAGCCGUCAAGUGACAAAGCGUGGCUUUACCGAUGAUUUUUUAGAGAAUAGCCCCAUCACUGUUGAAGGCAGCAAUUCUGCUAGUGAUGGGGUUGUUGAAGCUCAGGGCGUCGCAGAUAAGAACGAGGAGCAAGCGUUUAACCCAAUGCUUGCCGCUAGUGUUCGCAAUAAACAACUACAAGACCAGUUGCAUUCAAGGAAUUUACAUGAAAAUGUCGACAAGCUUGAAAGUUCUCCUCGUAAAUCAAUGAUACAUAGAAGUAUGACGGAGCGAUUGGACCUUUCUCGGCAGGAUACUAACUAUGUGGAUUUGAGAAAAUAUGAUCCAGAUUACGUGGAAGAUGAGGAUCAGUUUGAUGGAUAUUAUAUCGGAAGCAUCAAGCAUAAGAUUCUGGCUAGUUCGGUGUCAGUGGCAGAUUCGGACUAUUACGAUCCGCAGCAAGCUGAAGGAUCAUUAGACGAUAAUCAUGUACAAACGGCUUUAGAGACAUUUGCAUCGACGGACACUGAAUCUACGCUCCCGUCGCAGACCACCAUCCAUACAAACAAGGGCUUCUUGAAACGUAGCUCGCAGAAUACCUCCACAAACAUACCGUAUUCUUCUUUCGGGAACAACGCAAUCAGUCAGUCGCUAGACGAGUUCAUCGAGCGCGAGGAACAGAUGAAGGAAACGGAGGCCCAGGCAGCGUCGACGAUUCAGCGAUCUUACAGGAGAUUUCGUACAAACAAGAAAAAGCUCUUAAGGGACUAUCACAGUACGAUGCGAACCUUCACCGAAGAUCAAUCGACCGAGAGUCUCGAGGACUAUCCCAGCAGCGUAAUUCAGAUCAAGGUUGACCGCAAGCAACCAGAGGAAAGUGAUAACUCCUUCGAAGACGCUCGCAUGGAAAAUCGCCGAAGGCCGAUGUACAGUCUAAACAUUGAUGAGUACGACACGGCAGCUCGGCGAAUGACGUUAACUCGGGGAGUGGCAAUGCAGCGGAAUUCUACGCCGGAGGAUGACUCCGGAAAAUCGGACAACGCAUCCAGUGAGAAGAAAUCUGUGAGUGAUCCAGCAUCGAAUCGUUCCAUCACGGAGGAGAGUCCGAUAUCGAGUGAUUUGUCGUCGGAGGGAAAGAAAGGCAGCACCUCCAGCGAUGAGAAGGAGAACAAAGACAAUAGCUCCUCGAAAUCAAGUGAUGGCAAGGAUUCUGCGAUAGCAGUACGUAAUGGAAGGAAGAGUAAUUCACCGGACGUUCAGAAACUGUGUAUUGCCCGCCAGCGAACAAUGCCUGUUCAGAUCGAGACGACGGUGCUGCGGGCCCAACCGAAGCACUUGCGGAAGCGAAUCAAGAGUGCCGGCAUGAUCAGAAAAUGAACGUAAACCUUUAUGAUUUGAAUAAUAGAAAGAUAGUUUCAAUAGAUACUUAAGAGGGCUAUCCAUGAAAGCACUACUUGAGAACGUUAGUCAAGGAGACCAUCCAAUGUAGCAUGUUUGCGGGCAAAUCAACCAAUGUUAGAUUAUUUAUAAAGUGUGUUUACAAAUUUGCAUACACUGACCCCACUAUCAUGGGUCACAUACUAAUAUGAGUUAUUUCCAUUUGAAUACCAUGUAAAAUGGAGUGACUAAUUAUUGUUAGAAGGAAACCCAUUUAUUUGGGGUCAGCGUACACAGACAAAGAGUCACACAAAUACAGAUUUAACCUCUAGCUUUUACGUACACGUGUACAAGAAAAUAUAACAUUAAAAAAUCACGUAAAUCUGUCAAUCUAUCAACGAGUGAAAUAGUUCAAAAACAUAUAUUUUUCAUAUAAUUGGUAAAACAUGAAUAUUUCAUUAAAUAUUUGGCGCAAUUAAUAUUUGUGUAAAAAAAACAUGUGCAAUAUAUUGUUGAUUGGUGAAGA